AUGGUGGACAACCGACAGGAAUGCUACUAUGGUGUAACGGUUGUGUACUUCAGUUUGCAGCCUGAAUACUUUUAAGCGCCAUAACUCGGUUCAAAAACGGAAAAUGUUAUACUCUUUAAAUCACCUAUGAUCAGAAGGCUCUAGAAAAUUUUUUUUAGCGAGAUUUGAUUAAAUCAUCAGGCUUUCAGGCUCGCUCUUUCCGUACUUCUGUUUUCCGAGAAAAAAAGAUGUGAGAGAAGAACGGCGAAAUUGGGCUUUGGUCGCUGCGUUUUAUAUUUCCCUCUUCUUCUUUUUUUUUCUCACGGCGCAUGUACGCCCCUAUGUUUAUAAGGACAACAAUUUUCUGGUGUUUGGCCUUUAUCCAGCAGUUACCUGGGAUACGGAAGAUUUACGAAAAUUUUAAUAAUUUUCUCCUGCAAAAAGCUAACUAAUCUGUGGUUCCUAAUAAAAUUUUUCAUGUUUUGAAGUUUACCGUCAUUGAACACGAUUAAAAUUUUCUCAGUCUGAAAAAAACUUUUCCAUUCAACCGCGCUGGAAAGGCCUCUUCGAAAUCUUUUUCUAGGAAUUCCUUUUUAGCUUCUUCCAAAAGUUUCUUUGUGGGGUUUUUCUAAAUAACAGUUUCCCGUUUGGUUAGAAUUGCGAGUUCCACUUGUUUUUUUUUUCAGUUUUCCAAUCGUCAAACGAAUUAGAGAUCUUUUGUAAUGUAAAAAGUGAAUUCCAUUUUUCUUUCAGACUGAAAUUUUCAAAAUGUAAAGAGUACCCAAAAAAUUCUGGGCUUUUCUAGUCGAAAUGCACUUUUCGUUGAGUCAGUCCAAAUGGCGAAGAAAGAGAAAAAAAAACUGUUUACGCCGGGUUUCAGAGACCAUAGAGCACGUAAACAACUCGGCGCUGCAACCAUCAACAACAUCCACAAACAGCUUGCAAAGCUCCGCCUUCUAGCUCUGUUUUGUUGAGCUCUGUGCCACCAACAGAGUCGGUCAGAAGCGCUCCUGCCCUCUAUUCCAUUCUUCCAUUUUUCGUAGCCUUUGAGAGUUUUCAAAACUUUCUGCUUUUCUUCGCUUUUCAAGUAUAAGGAAAUUGUCUAAAAAAGCUGACUGGGCGAGUAUGUAGAGUACUAAAAAGAAAUCUUUCGUCGUAUUUUCGAAAACUCAAUCUGAAUUAGUUCACUUUGUGUGGGUUCGCUGAACGUUUUUGGCCACCUUCUCAUGUAAUUUUUUUUGUUUUCCAGAAAUCUUCUCGAGCCUUUCAGAUCUGAAAUGUACAGGCCAAUCUACCACUUUCGCCCGGUAAAUUUCGGAUUUCUGAGUUUCUCAUUCAAAUCCUUUAUUUGCAGGAAGAGCCGAAAUGUUGCAUGAUCCCGGCGCGUGUGAGUUUUUUGUUUAUCUCUGUUAUUUUCGUAGUUUUGGGAGCCUCUUCGCGCAGAAUUUGUUUGAGCUAAGAAGUUGUGAACUUCUUUUGUAGUUAUUAUAAAGUUUUUUUUGAAAAGCUUUAACGAAGAGCCUGAAGAAGACUGAAAUACCGAGGUGAAAAUUGGAAAUUAUGAAAGUUUUCAGGGGCUGCUCAUUGUCCUGGCUAUUCUGACAAUGGGAGCUGUGUCGAUCGGGUACGCGUCUGGGUCGAUUCUUAUCAACCUUGCAGGUCUCAUUUUUGUGGUAAGCUCGAAAAUGGUUUUUUUGAAGAGUUUAUUGUUUUAUAAAGCUCGUUCUUGGUGUUCUUGCGAUCGCAGGAACCAUUCACAACAGCCCUGCCGCUCUCCUUGUCGUUCUCGUCGUUUUCGUGAGUUUUAUUUUUAUCUGUUUUUCCCCAGCCUCAAUCGAAGGCAAACAUUUUUUCAGUGGAUCGAUCUCAUCAUGACAUGCGUGUUCCUGCUGACUGUGCCCAUUUACGUCGCCUGUUAGUUUUGAUGCCAAUUGUAAAGAGUACCCAAAAAUUUUGAAAAUUUUAUUAGAGACAGCACCGACAAUGGAGCUGGAAAAUUUAAUUCUAUGAGAAAGUUUUUUUUUAUCAUUUGAACAGUCCUACAAAACCAAUUUAUGUAGUCGAUUCGACCAAGCUUAAAAUGCGAUAGACGCAUGGCUUCUGUAGUAUAGGCCGCUCCGCGACAGUUUGUCACUUUUUUUUCCCUCCGAACUAGAGAAUCAUUCCGUCCUAAACGCGCGGGAUGUUUAUCUGCCUGCGUCUUUUAUUCGGCCUACAAUUUCUGUUAUAUUUAAGGCGCAGGCAGAGAUAAAUAUCGCGAGCAUCGAAAAGAAGGGUUUAUGUAGCUCAGAGGAAAAAGAAAGUCGUGAUGAGCUGACCCGGAAUGGGCUUUUCGUUGUUUCCCGAAUUUCUCAACAGAUGGGUCAAAUACGAUGCGCUAGCUUCAUAGACGAUUUCUUGGUUUCAGCGGCCGUCGGAUCUGGCCAUCACCGCAACGUUACGACGGCCUUCUCGCGUCCCUACUACAUUCCCUACGAGAAGACGGCUGAAGAACACUUUGCCGCCGCUCUUACCGCCGGAUACACUCUCCAGUUUUUCGCCUUCAUUCUCCUCACCAGUAAGUCUUUGAUAUUUUCACGGAAAUUUAAAAUUCGCUCAUCUGUUUUCAGUCGCGUUGUUCAAAGUUAUGCUGGUGAAGCGCGUCCACUCGUUUGCCCGUCACUCGAUCGACAUUGCCGCCUAA